AUUGAGGAACAGCUUGAUAAGGUCAUAGUGAAACGUAGUCAUGUGUUUACACGGCGAGUCAACUAACUCGUUCUGAAAUUAGUCAUUUACCGAACGUUAAACGCUCAACGCGGACGACAUGCGGUCUCUUUUGUUAUUCGCCGCCAUCCUCUUGAUGUCGAUGUUGGUAUACUCAACACUAAUAAACCCAAAGCGCUUGUUAAUCAACAGACCGAAGGAACACUACGUUCUCAAACGAUCAGCGCAAGUUAAAGGAGCGAAGCCGGGGGUAAAAGGAUACAAUCCUCCACCGCCCGUAGACUUACGGAAAGGAGAAUUUAUGUGCGGGAACCGUGUGUGCAAACUCAAGCCGGGAGAAAUACCAAAAGGUUGCAAUGGAAUCUGUCAAUACCCAUUGAAUCCAAUGCCAUAAUGUAUUUAUGUUUAUUUAUAGUAAAAAAAAAAGUAAUGUCUUGCCAUUGCAAAUAAAAAAUAAGUAUACAAAAAUGAACUCGUCCUUAAAAUGUAAAUUUGUUGUAUAUACUCUGUACGUAAGAUGUUUCUUUUGAUCGUAGUGUUGCAACAUAAAAAAAGUAUUUAUGAUUAAUUGUAUGCUAAAAUAAUAUUGUAAUUAUUUAUGUACCUGAAGUAAUAAAAUGUCUCUCGUCACGUUUCUCAAUCAGUUUGUGUAGAUCCCGUAAACUCUGGGAAUAAUAUUUGAUUUAUAUCGAAUGAAUAAAAAUGUAAUUAAAAUACACAUAAACAAAUUAUAUUUUUAUACAUUUUUAAAUAAACUAUUAAAUUUA